AUGAAUAUUCCUGGAAUACCGAGUCGACAGUCUAUUGGUCAUCAAUUGACAUCCGGUGUUCAUGGGCCAGGACUUUUACAAAUAGACCAAACUGAUAACAAACUUGCUAAAUGGGUCCAACCACAAUUCAAUAGCUCGUUAUAUAAGCAUUUUAAAUUUCGAUUGAGAAAGGUUAGUGAAGAUUUUACAAAGUUGUUUACAAAAUCAAAUAAUGAACCUUUGAAAAAUAAGAAAUAUUAUAUCUCCGAAUUAAGAGAAAGUGACUUUGAAAAUGAAAGUGAUGUUGAAAAUGAUGGUAUUGACGAUUUUUUAGAUGCCGAUACUAUUAUUGAGAGAAAUACUUUAUUGAAUGAUCAAGGAUCUUUGAAAAACUCAGAAAAUAGUAAUAAUAAUAGUGACAAUAUUCAAACGCAGCAACAGUCUAAUUUAGAAAAUACUGGUGAUAAGAGUUUUCAAAUGAUUAACUGGAAAUCACUUAUACCACCAAUGGAAAAUGCUAGACCAAAAAUAUUUAAAGAUAUAAGAUUUACUAAAUAUAAUUCUAAUCUUAGCAAUAAUAUAUCAUCAACAAUGUUAAAUAAAAGAUUAGAUAUUGACAAACCACGUAAUGAUUAUAUUCCUUCUAACAUCAUCAAAGAAUUAGAUGAAACAUAUGAGAUUAAAGAAAUAGAUUCUAUUAAGAAUAAAGCUAAUAGGUUCAAAGUAUUUGAUCUUUCAGAUGGUGAUCUAAUAGCUUCAAAUAUGGUUAGAACAAAAUUUAUUGAAUAUGAUGCUCAAAAAAAUAUCAUCGUAUAUAUCACAGGGAAAUCCUUCUCGAAAGUCGUUUUUGCUGUCUUAUCUGAAUCUGAUUCUAAUGAUAAAUUUUCCUUCAAAAUAGAUUCAAGGUUCCCAAGAAAAGUGUUCAACAUCGAUACAAAAGUUAAAUGUAUAAAAUUUGCUUCAAUCUCACAUGAAAAAUUCACUAUGAAAGACUAUGUGGCUAUUCUUACAGAGAAUAUGUUAACAGUUAUUAAAAUAGAUAAUGUACAAUUAAGUCGAAAAAUUGGAAAAUUCGACUGUUCACUCUGGCUAACUUUGCCAUUAAGCAGUUUUAGUGAUUUUCCAUUUGCAGAUAUUAGUUUUAACCCAUGGAAAGAUGGGCAAUGUGCGUUGAUCGAUAUAAAGGGAAAUUGGUUCAUUUAUGAUAUACCCGUUGUACAAUCAGAUAGACUUCGUUGUAACCUAAGUGGAGACAUGAAUAUUAUACCGAAAUAUAAAGGGACGAUAUUUGAUCCAACAGAUUUAUUGUCAUUUAAGAGAAUAGUAUGGUCAUCGGUUGAAUCAAGGUUAUUACUUGUCACAUCAUCAAAGAUAGUAGAAAUUGACAUAAAAGAAAAGUGGGAAAGAGAAAUUAUAGAGGCCGUCUCAUGGUCUGAAAUAAGAGAAUUUAAAAAUAUGGCAUUCAAUUUAAGUAUAUUAUUGACAUCUAAAGAAGUUAUCAUAGUUGACAAAAAUUACAAUGACAGUGUUGUAAGGAGGGUAAUUUCCUGGAAACAUGAUUUGAAUCCAGAUGACAAGACUUAUAAAUUCUCUUUACAUUACAUUAAAUUUAAUGAUGCUACUUUUAUCUUUGUAGCAAUAUAUUCUAAAAUUGAAAAUAUAAUAUAUGGGCACUCUUUUCUUUAUCAAGGUAAGAAUAUUUGGUCCAUUGGAGAAGACACAAUUGUUAAUAUUCCUGAAAUAUUUAAAGGUAUCAAAACGAUAUGUGAUACACAUCAAACUUUUAACGGAAAUUUUAGCAUUGGUAAUCUGAAGAUAAAUUUAAUAUUAAGGGGAGUUGACUCUCAAACAAUUUAUAAAUAUCUUUUAGAUGUAAAAGGUACAGAUAACAUUGGAGAUAUAGGAGAUUUUUAUAGAAGUAAGAAUAAUAGUGAGUUGUAUGGCAAAUUGCUUAAACCUUAUAAAAAAGUCUCUGAAGUCACUUUAUCAUUACUUAAUAGUAUUACAUAUGAGCCGCCAGAAGGAUAUGAUAAAUCAAAGGAUGAUGAAGUUUUAGAAAAAUAUGGGUACUCAUUGUCAAAAUCCUUGAACAAACUGCUAAAAAGUAUGGCAUUUGGCAACUAUUCAGAAUUACUAACAUCAAUAGAUAAGCCUUUAGGAUAUUUCGAAAAUUUAACAGAAUAUGCAUCAUUAUUAGAUCAAUUCAUCCACCAUUAUAAAGAUCAAAGGAUAUCCUUUAAUGAUCUUAGUAUACUAUUUACUGUAUUAUUAGCUGAACCCAUUCAUGAUAUUGAUAUAUUUCAUAGUAAGAUUUUGCAAUGUUGGGAACCUGUCACAUCAAGUGCUGAACAUUUAACAAGAGAAAUAGUAAAAAGUUUAGUUACAGGUUUUGUUAGAUAUUUGAAAUUAGAUGUCUAUGAUGAAAUGUAUCAAAAUUUAGAAGAGUCUUUGGAUGAGGAUCACAAAUCUAUAUUUAAUUCUUGGGGAGAUGAAAAUGAUGAUUAUAUGGAUGAUAUGGCUAAGAUGUCUACUGGUUUUAUGAGCAGUCAGUCACAUAUAUUCACUAAAGAUUCACAACCAAUGAUUCCAGUUGUGAGUUUUUCACAAAAAAAGAAGUCUAAAAGAUCUGGUGCAUCGAUAUGGAAGGUUAGUAAAACUACAAAUAUUUCCGGUCUUUCUCAUAAUAGGGAACAUUCUUCGACAUCUUUCAACAGUUCUCAGGUUUCUAGUUCUCUUCCUAACAAUAUGACGCCUGCAUUUUCUUUGACUCAACAGCCUCCAAUAUUGUCACAAGGUUUCAUAACACCCAAUGCAUCACAAGAGACAUAUUCUCAAAAACAGAAAAAAAGAAAGAAGAAAGUGGGUGGUUUUAAUUGA